UUUUUAUCGUUCAAGUGAAAUCACUGACUGUUUAUAAGUUCUUUACAUCAGAUACCAUUUUAUUACACAAAACCAAGUUCAUAUUGUUCCAUCAAUGGAGAAGGGAUUGAGAAACGCAUCACCCAAUAAUGGAAAACUUAUCACUAUUCUUAGCAUCGAUGGAGGUGGUAUAAGAGGGAUCAUUCCAGCCACUAUACUUGCUUUCCUCGAAUCACAGCUUCAGGAGCUGGAUGGAAAAGAUGCAAGACUUGCAGAUUACUUCGAUGUAGUUGCAGGAACUAGCACAGGUGGUCUUGUGUCAGCCAUGUUAACAGCUCCAGACCAAACAAACCGACCUCUCUAUGCAGCCAAAGAUAUCGUACCUUUCUAUAUGGAACAUGGCCCUAAAAUAUUUCCUCAACAAAGGGGUGCAUGGGGAUCCAUCAUGAAGAGUGCGAAAAUGCUUAUUGGACCAAAGUACGAUGGGAAUUAUAUUCGGAAGCUCAUAAAGGAGAAGUUGGGAAAUACUCGUUUGAACGAAACCUUAACCAAUAUAGUCAUUCCUACAUUUGAUAUCCAACGUCUGCAACCCCUCAUUUUCUCAACUUAUGAGGCGAAAGUUAAUCCAUGCUACAAUGCUCAGUUAUCCGAUAUAUGCAUUUCAACAUCCGCAGCUCCGACCUAUUUUCCUCCAUAUUACUUUAAGAACGACAAUGAAGAUGGACGAAACAGUGAAGAAUUUAAUCUUGUUGAUGGUGGUGUCGCUGCUAAUAAUCCGGCACUGGUUGCAAUAAGCCAAGUCACGAAACAAGUGUUCAGCAAGCAUCCUGAUUUCUUCCCUGUUAAACCUACGGAUUAUGGUCGCUUCCUUUUGAUCUCAAUAGGAACGGGUGCAACAAAGAUAACGAACCAAUACAACGCAAAGAUGGCAUCCCAUUGGGGUGUAUUAAGUUGGUUGGUUCAUAGUGGUUCCACCCCAAUUAUUGACGUAUUCACUCAAGCAAGUGGAGAUAUGGUUGAUGGUCAUCUUUCUGUGUUCUUUCAAGCUGUUCAUUCCCAAGAAAAUUACUUUCGAAUCCAAGAAGAUACAUUAGAUGGCAAUGAGGCGUCAGCGGAUGUUGCGACCAAAGAGAACAUGGUGAAACUCGUGGAAAUUGCUGAAAACUUAUUGAACAAGCCAACUUCAAGAGUAAAUCUAAAGACCGGACUGUCUGAGCCAAUGGGAAAUGGGGAUACGAAUGCCAAAGCUCUCAAACGAUUUGCAAAAUUGCUUUAUGAGGAAAAGAAGUUGCGAGAGUCAACCAAGGCCAUCUCUAAUCCAACAUCAAAUCCUAUUUAUUGCCCUGAUCUUGGUUCACAAAUUCACUAAAUUAAUAUCAUUUGUAACACGAAAAAUGAUGUCCAUGAAUAAUCAAACACAACAUAUGAUGUUAUAUUAUUCAUUAACCGUCACUAAAAAUUAUUGCAUAGUUUAUGAUUAAUUAUUUAGUUUUAUGUGUUUUAAUUUAGUUUUUGUAUAAUAAACAUUUGUUAUUAAUUAAUUAUGUUAUAUUACCUGUAUUCUU